AUGAAAACCCUCCCCACCCUCCUCCCCACCCUCCUCCUCACCCUCACCACCGCCCAAACCCCCGACCAAGACUUCCAAUACUCCGCCGCCUGCGGCGCCAAAAACCCUGCCGUCAACCAAGCCAUCGCAGCCUUCUGCCACAAAAAAGACAAAGCCGGCAACUACGCCGAUACCAUUACCUGUCCCGGCUCUCGCUCCGAAACGGGGGUCGUGAAAGAAGGCAUCCGAGCCAAAAUUACAGGAAAUUGUACUCCGAAGCAAUGGGUUCCGGGCAAAUUUUGUUUGUUGCAGUUUCAUUAUAUUUGUGCGACAGGUGAUGCGAAGGGGUUGGGGACGGGAACGUAUGGGACGAAUGGGUGUCAGAAGUGGACUUUGGAGGAGGCUGUGCCGAAUGUUCCGGAUAUUUUGGGGGCUUUUGGGUUGGGGAAGCGGGGAGAAGAGGAGUGGGAGUUGGAGCUUGAGGGAGAGGAGGAGAAGUAG